UUGUUAUUUUCAAAAUUUAUUUUUAUACUAUUAUACGUAAUACUUAUUUUAAAUUCAAUUUUAUAAUUAUUCUAAAACAGUUAGGAAGGAAGGGCGGAGUAUAAGCGGCGGCGGAAUGAGCGGGCGUCGCUCCAAUCUGACUUUCCAUUUAAGGACGACGGCGCCAUAGCUAUACCAUUUGGUGGUGCACGCCCGACCCUAACCUACCGCUACCCUACCCUACCCCUACCCUAUAGGCCCCCCGCCACCGUAUCGGUAUUAUUCAUUUAUUAUAUUCCCUUAAGUAACUGGAACAACCGCCGUCGCCGCCGCCCCUCCACGGUGGUUUUUCGCCUUCAUCCGCCGUGGGGAGAAAAAAAAAAAAGAAAAAAAAAGCCUAACCUUAUUUAAUCUAAUCUUAACAACCUUCAACAAAUUCAACUAAUAAAUUUGUUUUAUUAUUUUAAAUUUCCUAAAAAAAAAAUUAAUUAAAUUAAAAAAUUAAACGACGUACGGUCUUAUUCGGGAUGGGAGAUCCACAAGCGUAUCCACCUCUACCGUCGCCGGCGCCGUUGCCGGCGAGGUCAUCGGAGGCGACGCGGAGGAGCAUAAAGUCCCGGAGAAUGUCUCGGCAGCUUUCCCUGAGCGAGGUCCCCCGCGACGCCGCGUGGGAGCGGCGCCGCCGGCGAGGAGGCGCCAACAGCGACGGCGACGUGCUCACCGACGAGGAUCUGAAGGAGCUGAAAGGCUGCAUCGAAUUAGGGUUUGGAUUCAACGAAGAGAACGGGCAACGCCUCUGCACCACCAUACCUGCCCUAGACCUCUACUUCGCCGUCAAUCGCGUCUUCUCCCCCAGCCCUAUUUCCAGCCCCACCGGCACCGGGAACGGCUCCUCCGUCUCCGCCUCUGCCUCCGCCCCCUCCCUCCCCGCCGCCGCCGCAUCCGGAGGACCGCCUCCUUCGAUUACCGGAAGAUCGUCCUCGUUCGGCAGCGCGUUGAACGAAUCUGAUUCCUGGAAAAUCUGCAAUCCCGGCGAUGAUCCUCAACACGUGAAGACGAAGCUGAGGCAUUGGGCACAGGCAGUGGCGUGUUCCGUGAAGCAAUCCUCUUAGUUCGUUUUCAUCAAUUAUACAUCAUCGUCCACAAUCAAUCUGCUCUAAUUGUAAUUUAUUGUGUGAACGUACCAUAACAGCACAUAGCUUUGGAUUUUUUCUUUGGGGGUUUUGUGCAUAUGGGUUUAAUUAAUUUGUGUCCAUCGAUUUUCUUCGUAUUCUAUUCUCUCUCUGUUGUAACAAAAACGUAGUAUUAUAGUAUGACUCUUUUGUUUAGCAGUAACCCUGUACUGUACUGUACUGUGC